UCCCUUCAUAGGAUACUAUUAUCUUAUCCCUUUUGGUACCCUAACUGAAGCUUUUUUUAGAGGGUUUACUAGCUCUUAACCAAGACAGAAAUUAAAGAGGGUCUAGCUAGAAAGAGAAAGUGUCAAAGUCUGAGAGAGAGAGAGAGAGAUGGGGAGAGGAAGAGUAGAGUUGAAGAGAAUAGAGAACAAAAUUAACAGGCAGGUCACAUUUGCCAAGAGAAGAAAUGGGCUUCUCAAGAAAGCUUAUGAGCUCUCCGUUCUCUGUGAUGCUGAGGUUGCCGUUAUUAUUUUCUCCAACCGUGGGAAGCUUUAUGAGUUCUGUAGCGGCUCUAGUAGCAUGAUAAAAACACUUGAAAAGUACAAGAAGUACAGUUAUGGGGCACUGGAGGCUACGCAACCUUUAAUUGACUCUCAUGAGAACAGCUAUCAGGAAUAUUUGAAGCUAAAAGCAAGAGUAGAGGUUCUGCAGCGAUCUCAGAGAAACCUUCUUGGAGAAGAUCUUGGUCCGUUGAACACAAAUGAGCUUGAGCAGCUAGAGAAUCAGCUAGAGAUAUCUUUGAGGCAAAUUAGGUCAAUGAAGACCCAAUGCAUGCUUGAUCAACUCAAUGAUCUUCAACACAGGGAAGAAUUCCUACUUGAAGCUAACAAAGAGUUGAGAAGAAAGUUGGAAGAAAACAGUACUCAAAAUCCACUUCGACUUACAUGGGAAGCUGCAGCAGAGGAACACAAUAACAAUGCCUACACCCACCUUCCUUCUCAAACUGAUCAAGGCUUCUAUCAACCUCUGGGAACUGGAUACAAUUCAAUGGGCCCAGAUGAAAUUAAUGGUGGAGCCCCGGCCCAAAAUAUGAACGGGUACAUGCUUGGAUGGAUGCUUUGAUUUCCCAUGGACCUAUUAUAUCAAGUUAUUAAUUGCACCAAUAAAACGUGUACUAGAAUUGUACUAGCUUUUUUUCCCCUCCUAUAUAACUUGUAAUUAUGCUUCAAUAAGUAGUAUCUACGAGUACUAUACCUCUCCUCGUAAAGAGAGGUAGUUCAAAUCUAUCUUCUCCAACAUAUAAAAAAUUAGUAUUCAUGACUAGUGUUGGCAUGAAAAGCCAAUGUUGUUUUAUACUCCCACCACUACCCUGCUAUUAAACAUUCUGAUGUUGUAACAUGUAAGUGUGUGUGCAUGUAUAUAUAGUAUAUAUAAUAUGCAUUUUCACAUAGAACAAUAUAUAAGAGAACAUUCUCGAUUGGUACUAUAAUCUUUUGUAUCUAUUAUUUGGUAUUUGAGGGAUAAGAGACUUGGAAAUUUGUUGUUGUAGAUUAGUUUUUCUAUUUGGUUGAUUAUGUUCUAUCUUUCGAUGUGGAUGUUUGUAUUUUUUUGGUCAUUGUGUUAUUGUGAUACGGGCUGGUUGUGAUA